AUGGCGGCUCCAGAACAGAUCCCGGGGCAGGAGUUUGAAUAUGAGGCCCUCCCUUCCAACUAUGGCCUAGGCGCCAAUAUGUUAGCAGGUGCAUUUGCAGGGAUUGCGGAACACUCUGUCAUGUAUCCUGUAGAUUUAUUAAAGACCCGCAUGCAAAUCUUACACCCUGCCAACGGAGGCUUAUACACCGGUUUGACCAACGCUGUUUCCACAAUCUAUCGUAUCGAGGGCUGGCGAACACUGUGGAAGGGUGUCUCGAGUGUCAUUGUCGGCGCGGGCCCCGCUCAUGCAGUCUACUUUGGUACAUAUGAGAUUGUUAAGGACCUGGCAGGCGGGAAUGUCGACGAUGGCCACCACCCGUUUGCUGCCGCUUUAAGUGGAGCCUCGGCCACGAUUGCCAGCGAUGCCCUGAUGAACCCUUUCGAUGUCAUCAAGCAGCGGAUGCAGGUUCACGGCUCCAUACACAAGACGAUCUUCCAAUGCGCGAGAACGGUCUACCGGACUGAAGGUCUCCACGCUUUUUACGUCUCCUACCCCACAACACUAUGCAUGACAAUCCCCUUCACUGCGACCCAGUUCAUGGCCUAUGAGUCAAUCUCCAAGGUUAUGAACCCGCGAGGAGACUAUGACCCCUUUACCCACUGCAUUGCCGGUGGUCUUGCCGGUGCCGUUGCGGCCGGUAUCACCACACCGCUCGAUGUGAUCAAGACCCUUCUGCAGACCCGUGGCCUGGCUCAGGACCAGGAGAUCCGCUCCGCCAAGGGUUUGUUCAACGCUGCCGCCAUUAUCAAGCGCCAGUUCGGCUGGGGCGGCUUCCUGCGUGGAUUGCGCCCUCGCAUCAUCUCGACCAUGCCCAGCACUGCGAUUUGCUGGACAUCCUAUGAAAUGGCAAAGGCAUAUUUCAAGGGCCAAAUGGGCGAUAACUGA